AUGAGUAGCGACACUGAGAUGGAAGUAUUUGGCGUGGCCGCUCCUUUCCUACGCAAGUCGGAGAAGGAAAGGAUCGAGGCCCAGAACCAGCCCUUCGAUGCCAAGACCCACUGCUUCGUGGUCGACGCGAAGGAGGAGUAUGCCAAGGGGAAAAUUAAGAGUACCCAAGAUGGGAAGGUCACGGUGGAAACUGAGGACAACAGGACCCUGGUGGUCAAACCGGAAGAUGUGUAUGCCAUGAACCCCCCCAAGUUCGACAAGAUCGAGGACAUGGCCAUGCUGACUCACUUGAACGAGCCGGCCGUGCUGUACAACCUCAAAGAGCGCUACACGGCCUGGAUGAUCUACACCUACUCAGGGCUCUUCUGUGUCACCGUCAACCCCUACAAGUGGCUGCCCGUGUACAACCCCGAGGUGGUGGAUGGCUACCGAGGCAAGAAGCGCCAGGAGGCCCCGCCCCACAUCUUCUCCAUCUCUGACAACGCCUAUCAGUUCAUGCUGACUGAUCGCGAAAACCAGUCCAUUCUGAUCACUGGAGAAUCUGGAGCAGGCAAGACUGUUAACACCAAACGGGUCAUCCAGUACUUUGCAACAAUUGCAGCUACUGGAGACCUCGCCAAGAAGAAGGACUCGAAGAUGAAGGGGACUCUGGAGGACCAAAUCAUCAGUGCCAACCCCUUGCUGGAGGCCUUCGGCAACGCCAAGACUGUGCGGAAUGACAACUCGUCCCGCUUCGGCAAGUUCAUCCGCAUCCAUUUCGGGACCACUGGGAAGCUGGCCUCCGCAGAUAUCGAAACGUAUCUGCUGGAGAAAUCAAGAGUUACCUUCCAGCUGAAGGCUGAGAGGAGCUACCACAUCUUCUACCAGAUUCUGUCCAACAAGAAGCCUGAGCUCAUAGAGCUUCUGCUCAUCACCACCAACCCUUAUGACUACCCGUUCAUCAGCCAGGGCGAGAUCCUGGUGGCCAGCAUAGACGACGCAGAGGAGCUGCUGGCCACUGAUAGCGCCAUUGACAUCCUGGGCUUCACCCUGGAGGAAAAAUCUGGACUCUACAAGCUGACAGGAGCGGUGAUGCAUUACGGGAACAUGAAAUUCAAGCAGAAGCAGCGAGAGGAGCAGGCGGAGCCUGACGGCACAGAAGUGGCCGACAAGACAGCCUACCUGAUGGGCCUGAACUCAUCAGACCUCCUGAAAGCCCUAUGCUUCCCCAGGGUCAAGGUUGGGAAUGAGUAUGUCACCAAGGGACAAACGGUGGAUCAGGUUCACCACGCUGUGAACGCCCUCUCCAAGUCAGUUUAUGAAAAGCUGUUCCUGUGGAUGGUGACCCGCAUCAAUCAGCAGCUGGACACCAAGCUGCCCAGGCAGCACUUCAUUGGGGUCCUGGACAUUGCAGGCUUCGAGAUCUUUGAGUAUAACAGCCUGGAACAGCUGUGCAUCAACUUCACCAACGAGAAACUGCAACAGUUUUUCAACCACCACAUGUUCGUGCUGGAGCAGGAGGAGUACAAGAAGGAAGGCAUCGAGUGGGAGUUCAUUGACUUUGGCAUGGACCUGGCUGCCUGCAUUGAGCUCAUUGAGAAGCCCAUGGGCAUCUUCUCCAUCCUGGAAGAGGAGUGCAUGUUCCCCAAGGCCACAGACACCUCCUUCAAGAACAAGCUGUACGACCAACACCUGGGCAAGUCUGCCAACUUCCAGAAGCCCAAGGUGGUCAAAGGCAAGGCUGAGGCCCACUUCUCCCUGAUCCACUACGCGGGCACUGUGGACUACAGUGUCUCGGGCUGGUUGGAGAAGAACAAGGACCCCCUGAACGAGACCGUGGUCGGGCUCUACCAGAAGUCCUCCAACAGACUCCUGGCGCAUCUCUAUGCCACCUUUGCCACGGCAGAUGCUGACAGUGGGAAGAAGAAAGUGGCCAAGAAGAAGGGUUCUUCCUUCCAAACCGUCUCUGCCCUCUUCAGGGAAAAUCUGAAUAAGUUGAUGUCAAAUUUAAGAACAACUCACCCUCAUUUCGUGCGCUGUAUCAUCCCUAAUGAAACCAAAACCCCAGGGGCCAUGGAGCACAGCCUGGUCCUGCACCAGCUGAGGUGCAACGGUGUGCUGGAGGGUAUCCGGAUCUGCAGGAAAGGAUUCCCAAAUCGGAUUCUCUACGGGGAUUUCAAACAGAGAUACCGAGUGCUGAAUGCCAGUGCCAUCCCAGAGGGACAGUUCAUUGACAGCAAGAAGGCCUGUGAAAAGCUCCUGGCAUCCAUCGACAUUGACCACACUCAGUACAAAUUUGGACACACCAAGGUGUUCUUCAAGGCCGGCUUGCUGGGGACUCUGGAGGAGAUGCGGGAUGACCGGCUGGCCAAGCUGAUCACCCGGACACAAGCUGUGUGCAGGGGGUUUCUCAUGCGGGUGGAGUUCCAGAAGAUGGUGCAACGAAGGGAGUCCAUCUUCUGCAUCCAGUACAACAUCCGUGCCUUCAUGAACGUCAAGCACUGGCCCUGGAUGAAAUUGUUCUUCAAGAUCAAACCCCUGCUCAAGAGCGCGGAGACCGAGAAGGAGAUGGCCACCAUGAAGGAGGAGUUCCAGAAAACCAAAGACGAGCUCGCCAAGUCAGAGGCAAAGAGGAAGGAACUGGAGGAAAAACUGGUGACUCUGGUACAAGAGAAGAAUGACCUGCAGCUCCAAGUGCAAGCAGAAAGUGAAAGCCUGUUGGAUGCAGAGGAAAGGUGUGACCAGCUGAUCAAAGCCAAGUUCCAACUGGAGGCCAAGAUCAAGGAGGUGACUGAGAGAGCUGAGGACGAGGAAGAGAUCAAUGCUGAGCUGACGGCCAAGAAGAGGAAGCUGGAGGAUGAGUGCUCAGAGCUCAAGAAGGACAUCGAUGACCUUGAGCUGACCCUGGCCAAGGUUGAAAAGGAGAAGCAUGCCACAGAGAACAAGGUUAAAAACCUUACUGAGGAACUGGCUGGGUUGGAUGAGACCAUCGCCAAGCUGACCAGGGAGAAGAAGGCCCUCCAAGAGGCCCACCAACAGACCCUGGAUGACCUGCAGGCAGAGGAGGACAAAGUCAAUUCCUUGAGCAAGAUCAAGAGUAAACUGGAGCAGCAGGUGGACGAUCUGGAAAGCUCCCUGGAACAAGAAAAGAAACUUCGGGUUGACCUGGAAAGGAACAAGAGGAAGCUCGAAGGAGACCUGAAGCUGGCCCAGGAGUCCAUAGUGGACCUGGAGAAUGACAAGCAGCAGCUGGAUGAAAGGCUCAAAAAGAAGGAUUUUGAAUACUGUCAACUACAGAGCAAAGUGGAAGAUGAGCAGAGUCUGGGGCUCCAGUUUCAGAAGAAAAUCAAGGAGUUACAGGCUCGGACCGAGGAGCUGGAGGAAGAGAUAGAGGCCGAGCGGGCCACACGAGCCAAGACUGAGAAACAACGCAGCGACUUUGCCCGGGAGCUGGAGGAGCUGAGCGAGAGGCUGGAGGAGGCGGGCGGCGUCACCUCCACCCAGAUUGAACUCAACAAGAAGCGGGAGGCCGAGUUCUUGAAGCUGCGCAGGGACCUGGAGGAGGCCACGCUACAACACGAAGCCACGGUGGCGUCGCUGCGCAAGAAGCACGCGGACAGCGCGUCCGAGCUCAGCGAGCAGAUCGACAACCUGCAGCGGGUCAAGCAGAAGCUGGAGAAGGAGAAGAGCGAGCUCAAGAUGGAGAUUGACGACCUCUCCAGCAGUGUGGAGAGCGCCUCCAAGUCCAAGGCAAAUCUGGAAAAAAUAUGCCGCACCCUAGAGGACCAGUUAAGUGAGGCCAGAGGCAAGAAUGAAGAGACCCAGAGGAACCUGAGCGAGCUGACCACACACAAGUCGCGCCUGCAGACGGAAGCUGGUGAGCUGAGUCGCCAACUGGAAGAGAAGGAAAGCAUUGUCUCCCAGCUUUCCAGGAGCAAGCAAGCGUUCACCCAGCAAGUGGAAGAGCUGAAGAGACAGCUGGAGGAGGAGUGUAAGGCCAAGAACGCCCUGGCCCACGCCCUGCAGUCCUCCCGCCAUGACUGUGACCUGCUGCGGGAGCAGUAUGAGGAGGAGCAGGAAGCCAAGGCUGAGCUGCAGCGGGCGCUGUCCAAGGCCAACAGCGAGGUUGCCCAGUGGAGGACCAAAUACGAGACGGACGCCAUCCAGCGCACGGAGGAGCUGGAGGAGGCCAAGAAAAAACUUGCUCAGAGACUGCAGGAUUCCGAGGAGCAGGUUGAGGCUGUGAAUGCUAAAUGCGCAUCCCUGGAGAAGACCAAGCAGAGGCUGCAGGGAGAGGUGGAGGAUCUGAUGGUUGACGUCGAGAGAGCCAACUCCCUGGCUGCUGCCCUGGACAAGAAGCAGAGGAACUUUGACAAGGUGCUGGCUGAGUGGAAGACCAAGUGCGAGGAGAGCCAGGCGGAGCUGGAGGCGGCGCUGAAAGAGUCCCGCUGCUUGAGCACGGAACUUUUCAAGCUGAAAAAUGCCUAUGAGGAGGCCUUAGAUCAACUGGAGACGGUGAAACGGGAGAACAAGAACUUGGAGCAAGAGAUAGCGGAUCUGACGGAGCAAAUCGCCGAGAAUGGGAAAACCAUCCACGAACUGGAGAAAUCCCGAAAGCAGAUGGAGCUGGAGAAGGCUGACGUGCAGCUGGCUCUGGAGGAAGCAGAGGCUGCUCUGGAGCACGAGGAAGCCAAGAUCCUCCGGAUCCAGCUGGAACUGACGCAGGUGAAAUCCGAAAUCGACAGAAAGCUGGCAGAGAAGGACGAGGAGACGGAGCAGCUGAGGAGGAACUACCAGCGCACGGCGGAGACCAUGCAGAGCGCCCUGGACGCCGAGGUGCGCAGCAGGAACGAGGCCAUCCGGCUCAAGAAGAAGAUGGAGGGGGAUCUCAACGAGAUCGAGAUCCAGCUGAGCCACGCCAACCGCCAGGCCGCGGAGACGCUCAAACACCUGCGCAGUGUCCAGGGACAGCUGAAGGACACCCAGCUGCACCUGGAUGACGCUCUCCGCGGUCAAGAAGACCUAAAGGAGCAGCUGGCCCUGGUGGAGCGCAGAGCCAACCUGCUGCAGGCCGAGGUGGAGGAGCUGCGGGCCACGCUGGAGCAGACAGAGAGAGCCCGGAAGCUGGCCGAGCAGGAGCUCCUGGAUUCCAACGAGAGGGUGCAGCUGCUGCACACUCAGAACACCAGCCUCAUCCACUCCAAGAAGAAGCUGGAGACCGACCUCACCCAGCUGCAGAGCGAGGUGGAGGACGCUAGCAGGGAUGCCAGGAACGCUGAGGAGAAAGCCAAGAAGGCCAUCACAGAUGCGGCCAUGAUGGCGGAGGAGCUGAAGAAGGAGCAGGACACCAGCGCCCACCUGGAGCGCAUGAAGAAGAACCUGGAGCAGACGGUGAAGGACCUGCAGCACCGCCUGGACGAGGCCGAGCAGCUGGCGCUCAAGGGCGGCAAGAAGCAGAUCCAGAAGCUGGAGACGCGCAUCCGAGAGCUGGAGUUUGAGCUUGAGGGGGAACAGAAGAAGAACACCGAGUCGGUCAAGGGCCUGAGGAAGUAUGAGCGUCGGGUCAAGGAGCUCACCUACCAGAGUGAAGAGGACCGGAAGAAUGUGCUCCGACUGCAGGACCUGGUGGACAAGCUUCAAGUGAAGGUCAAGUCCUACAAGAGGCAGGCGGAGGAGGCGGAUGAGCAGGCCAAUGUGCACCUCUCCAAAUUCCGGAAAGCCCAGCACGAGCUGGAGGAGGCCGAGGAGAGGGCUGACAUUGCCGAGUCGCAGGUCAACAAGCUCCGGGCUAAGACCCGGGACUUCACCUCCAGCCGGAUGGUUGUCCAUGAGAGCGAGGAGUGAGCGAGAGCCUCCUGGAGCAGGACAGAAGAUACGCAGAGUGUGUGUUUUCAUGGGUCCUGCCUGAUACGUUUGAUUGCCAUGUGACUCCUUAUCACAUGCAAUAAACUUUGCUUUGCUUUCAACUUG